AUGGACUACGGGCAGUUGCUAGCACAAGACAUAUCAGCUCUGAAAGUUGAACGUACUCUAGUCGAUUACCAGCGACAUCAGCUCGCCCUGCGCUUAAAAACCCUUAACAUCCUUGAACGCAGGCUGUCAAAUAGUGCCGUCCGAGUGAAUGCACUUCCUGUGGAGCUCAUAGUCGAUAUCCUCAGCUACGUGCGCGCUGCCGGUGGCUAUGCUGCAUUGGUCACUGCCACAAACGUGUUCGAUCACUGGCGGACAAUAGCUGUCAAUACUCCGAAGCUAUGGGACGUGGUUGAUGUGGGCAAGCCGUGGGCUUUUGUCAAGCUCUGUCUAGAACGUUCGGGAGGUAUUGAGAUCCAGGUGUAUGCUUCCGCUACUCCCGCGAGUCUUGCUAACAUGACGAAUAAUUCUGACAAUUUGACGUGGGGUCUUAACCAAGCGGCUGGCCGUAUCCGCUCCAUCAAUCUAACAGCGGAUUCUUCACAGCGCCUCGAUUCUUUCCUCUCACGGAUAUCUACGCCCAUGUCGAUCCUGACCUCAUUCGACCUAACUGUUACAGGCGAACUUGAACUCAUGGUGUCGCUUCCUACAGCACUCGUGCAGGAUGUCUCUAACCUUCGCACACUCAGGUUGGAACGCGUCGGCUUUCUAUGGACAAAACUUCCAUUCAACUCUUUGACGACCCUCCACGUUCAUGGUAUGAAAGAGCUUCGUAUGCAUGUCCCCACUGAUGGAUUCCUCGACUUCCUUGAUGCCUGUCGUUCUCUCGAACAUCUGUCUCUCGCUUAUACGUGUCCUCAUCAUCCUGCCCGGCUGCCAACUCGAGUUGUAGCGCUACCAAAUAUCAAGGUGCUAGUGAUACAUGACGAGUCAGACUACGCGCACAAUGUGUUAUCGCACAUACAGGUCGCAUCCCACACGCUUACAGCCUUCGACCUCAUAUCCUCGGAAGAAGACGUCGAGUCUAAGGUGCUGGCGGCCAUGCUUCCCUGGAAGUUCUUAGAGAACCUAAGGUCUAUACAUGCACUAGAGAUCGUGCUCGACUGCGACCGCGGGGUGUUAGAUGUCCGGGGAAGGCAUUCUCCCGCUGACGGGCAAGUCCUCUUCUGGCGGCACAAUUUCGAAGGACGCCAGCUCCCGCCAAGACUCCUCCAGAAGUUCCUCGCCGAUUUGGAUUCGAACCUCCUCUCUCAACUCGACCUACUGGUAGUGUCCGGAAUGGAUGCGUCUUGCACAUGCGAGGAAUGGGACCAAUUAAUGCGGCGCAUCCCCAAAGUCCAGUGGCUCUCGGUGCCCUUCAUCGACAGCACGGCAGCGUCGGCUUUCUUCCAAGCGCUGAGCCAGGAUGACGGCUCCACGAAGGAAAUGGUCCACUAUCUAUGCCCGCUGCUCCGGCAAUUAUGCGUGACACGGAUCAGCCCUGGCCACAUGUGGCAGCUCAUGGCGCUGCAAUACGUGCGCCAGCGCAUGGAGCGCAAGCACGACCUGGAGAGGCUCUGCCUGGAGUGGGUUGGGUCGGUAGACCUUCUCGAGGACAUGGCGAAUGCCUUCACCUCGUCCGUCUGCGAGUUUCAUGUCGCGGUCGUCUGA